CGUCCGUGUGGACGCGGAUUGGCGGGAGCGGCCGGGGCAGCCGCAGCCGCGGGGCUGCGCUUUUGAAAGGCGAAAGCUGCGGAGCGCGCGGGCCCGGGGGGCGCGAGGUGACUGGUAGAAGAGAGAGACCUGUUCCUCACUAUGUCGAGGAGAAAGUUGGAUAAAAGCCGCUCUGGCUUGUUAAACACAUCUCUGCAGACACAAAUAAAGACAGACAAUUUCCACAAUUUUUAUAUGCUUGAAUCGAAAGAGCUAGGAAGAGGAAGAUGUGCUGUGGUUAGAAAAUGUAUAGCUAAAUCCACUGGUCAAGAGUAUGCAGCUAAAUUUUUAAAGAAAAGGAGGAGAGGUCAAGACUGUAAAGCAGAAAUUCUUCAUGAAAUUGCUGUGCUUGAAUUAAUGAAAUCUAAUCCUCGUGUAGUUAAUCUUCACGAAGUCUAUGAAACAGCAAAUGAAAUCAUCUUAGUGUUGGAAUAUGCUGCUGGAGGAGAAAUAUUUGACUUGUGUGUCCCAGGUCUGGAUGACAGAAUUGGUGAAAGGGAUAUUGUAAAAAUUAUAAGACAAAUACUUGAAGGACUUCGCUGCCUGCAUGAAAACAAUAUUGUUCAUCUUGAUUUAAAGCCUCAGAAUAUUUUGCUGAGCAGCAUCAAUCCUCUUGGUGAUGUAAAAAUUGUAGAUUUUGGUAUGUCUCGGAAGCUUGAGAAUUUUAGUGAACUGCGGCAGAUCAUGGGAACAACAGAGUAUCUAGCUCCAGAAAUCUUAAACUACGAUCCUAUUACCACAGCUACAGAUAUGUGGAACAUAGGUGUCAUUUCAUACAUGCUGCUGACACAAGAAUCUCCAUUUGUGGGAGCUGAUAAUCAAGAAACUUACCUUAAUAUAUCUCAAGUUAGUGUGGAUUAUUCAGAAGAAACAUUUUCAUCAGUUUCACAGCCUGCCAAAGACUUCAUUCAAAAACUCCUCAUAAAAAAUCCAGAGGAAAGGCCCUCAGCAGAGGCCUGCCUCUCUCAUUUGUGGUUGCAACAAGGAGAGUUCAUGCUCUUGUGUAGCCCUGAAGAAAUUUGUUGCUCUUCUGUGAUGCCAGGACACACAACAAACUGCUCAGAGGAGUGGAAUAUAAAAUCCAGUUGUAAUGGUACCUGUGGCGACAAGGAAGACAAAGAAAACAUUCCUGAAGAUAGUAGUACAGUCUCCAAACGUUUCCGUUUUGAUGAUUCGUUGCAGUAUCCCCAAGACUUCAUGACAGACUUCAUAUGUUAAUGUGUAAUACAGACUUUUAUAAAAUUAAUUUAGCAUAAUCUGUUCCAGUGGCGAAUAUAAGAUUAUGGCUUGCCAAUUUGUGCAGCAUUGGCAUAUUGGAAAUGCACUUUGAUUCUUUUAUGCUGGUGCUUCCUUUUCUAUCCAUUGCUGGCAAUGGGUUUAACUCCCGAGAAACUGGGGUUGUUGCACCAAUAAAACAAAUUGUUUUUUAAGAAGAUCUAAGUAAAUAUUUUUGCACUUUUCAAAUUUUAGUCCAAAAAUGAUGCCAGACUGAACAAACUAAAACCUGAAAAUGAGUUUGUUUAAACUCAGGCUUUGACAAACAGCGGUUGAAUACAGGCACAUUUUUGACUAGCCUUAUUAAGAUAUUAGUCUAAGCAGGAAAACUGAAUCUAGCUAUCUUACUGGGAUUUUUUUGUGACCAUUUUCUCAUCACUUUAAUUGGAAGCAAAAGUCAGUAUGCUUUGGAGAAUGAUACAUCAUUUGGAGCCAUUGCUUUCUCUCUGGAAUCACUAGUACUUAGGGAAAUGUUUCUGCCUUAUAGAUCUGAUCCCCUUAGGGAUUAUAAUGCAUAGUCUAUCUGGUUUUCCUGAGUUGGAUCUCUGGAAUGCUUGAAUAGAAAACAGGUCGACUGUUGAUCCUUGUGCUAGUGGUCCUUUGCUUCCUAUCAGUAAGUUAAAUCUGAAAAGGAUGAAAGUUCCAUGCUAAUAGGAUAUUUGAUAAUUUGCUACGUUUUCUUUCAUAAAGCCUCUAAAACAGUAUCAUCUACUUGUAUUGAUCUGUUCCUCAUCUUAACAUCCCCCCCCAAAAAAAAAACCAAAACAAAAAGCUUCUUUAGAGAUUAAAGGAAGAACUGGAUAAAUUGAAAAGAACCAUUUUUUGCUAGUGAAGCUGCAAUUAAAAGCUUUUAAUUAUGCCUCUGUAAUGCAGGAGUGCAGUGCAUCUUUCUGUCAAUUAUUGUUAUCUACAAUAACUUAGCUUCAUGCCCGCUCUGAGAAAUGGACUGCAGUGUGUAAGUAUUUAAAGACAAACUCCCUAAUAAUUGUUUUAAGCCUUUAAAUUUGGUUUCUGUAGUGGAUUUGUUGUUGUUUGGUUUUGGUUUUUUUCAGUGUUAUCUCUUCCUGUUUCUAGGCCCUGCGGAAAUAAUGCCUAUGUCAAGGUUUGACUUAGAGCAAAUACCGAUCAUGCCUUAACAGCCUGAAACUAAUACUAACAAGAUAAAAUCCUGAUUGUAACACUGAGGCUGGAAGUCUUUUUGUGUAGGGAAUGUAUUAAAACUCUUAUAAAUAUUUUGAAAGUAAAUGGCACUUUAAAAUACUUUUGGGAUUUUCCACUCCUCAGAGCUUAGACUUAAUCAGCUGUGAUUUGGAUUUGGUUUGUUUUGUAUAUCAAAAUACCACAAUCUGAUAGUAUUUUCCAGUUGUGCCUGUGAACUUGUCAAUAGUUAUGCAGAUUGAGGUUUUGGAACAACAUAUGAUUGAGAGGUGAACACGAGUGGUAAAAGGUUGUAUUUUAGCUUUCUUCACACAAGGAAGUAACAGGUUUUUUUACAAAUAGAUUUCAAUGUAAGGUAUCACCAUAAUGCAUGGGGGAAUUCAGGACUUGUCUUUAUUUUGGCUGGCACUUAUGUUGAGAAGUGAAAAGUCAACUGAGGUGUAAGGCAUGUAAGACUUACCUUUUGGCUUAUAUUUAUCAGAAGAAGUUUUCUAAGACUUAAUCUCAUGUGAAAUGAAGUAAUUGUUAUAUUCAGCACCUAUGAAGCUCACAUGCCCAUGUAUAAAUGAACUAUGCUGAGUGUCCUUUAUAUUUUAAUUCCCAUGUAAGUUUUUUCAGUGAUACUGGUAAUAUAUGUAAUUAUUAAAUUACUUUGCUGGAGGCAGUUGUUGAUUGUGUUCAGGUACUUUAUACCCUUACUUUUCAAAGUUCCUGGCUUUUCCCAGUUGGAGCCUUAUCUAACCUUUUGGGUUUUUUCCCACACGCAUGGAAGGUAAUCUGAACUGGAUAAACUAAAAACAUGAACUAUUUCAUAUGUACUAAGAGUUAAGUUCACUUAAGAUGAAGACAAUGUGAAAAAGCUGAAAUGGAUAAAGGUAGAAAAGAAUGUUUAUGAAAUUUACAUUUUAAAAUUCUGCAAAAAUAUUACUGAACUGAAAUUAUAACUGGGAAGCUUGUGAAAGCCUUCAUACAUUAAUAUUCUAGUUUUAACAUCUGUAAAAGCUGAAAGCAUGUGCCAGCACUUUAUGACAAAGUUGUUAUUUCUUAAGAUUUUUAUCAUGAUAUCAGAUGUUUACAUUUCUUACUACUUUUGGAGUUAACUUAUCUUUAAAUAAAUGAAAAUUGGUCUUAUCCAAGGAACUUAAGUUUUGAAGACUUUAUUUGUACUUUAUGUAAACUUAAAGUAUACCUUGAAUCAGAUUUUGUUUGGAUCAGUGCAUUUGGUUUAUUUAAAAAUGUUAUUGUGCAUGCAUAACUUCAGUUGAAUGUAAAUAAAGACAUUGUAGACAAUUGUUAGCCUGUCUUGCUUCCUGCCAAAUUACUGGGAAUUACCAAGUUUAAAUGAGUGGUCAGCAAUAUUUUAAGAUGACUGAAGUAAUUUCUAUGCAAUUCAUAACUUUUUUAUAUUAAAAAAAAUAAA